AACAACACCAUCCAAUUCAAGAAGAGCCUAGCUAAGAGUCUAAGACUACCCUUUAAUUUGUUUGGGAAAAGAAAAUAAAAUGGCUAAGUCCUUUGCAUCACUAGCCCUUCUCCUCACACUAAACCUCGUCUUCUUCACAUUGGUCACCUCAACAUACGUCCCCUGCCCGCCGAAAGGCGGCGGCGGUCCAAGCGGCGGCCACGGCCACCACCACCACGGCCACUCCAAGGCAAAGUGCCCUAGAGACACGCUCAAGUUGAGGGCAUGUGGUGACCUGUUGAAUGACUUGGUGCACCUAGUGGUGGGCACCCCGUUGCAGAACCAGUGCUGCCCGCUCAUCGAGGGUCUGGUGGAUCUCGACGCCGCCGUCUGCCUCUGCACCGCCGUGAAAGCGGACGUGUUGAGUGUCAUUAAUCUCGAGGUCUCUCUCGCCCUCACCUUGAUUCUCAACUACUGUGGGAAGAACAUGCCAGAAGGCUUCAAUUGCCAGUAAUAAUUAUUCAAUAAGAAUAAUUAAGUAUUGUUCUU